UCCAUCCACUCUCUGACUGAGAUACCCACAGAUCUUGUGCUACCCUUCAUCUUGCUCCUGAACACACACAGCUGAGAUGUCCUGCCAGCAGAGUCAGCAGCAGUGCCAGGCCCCUGCCAAGUGCCCUCCCAAGUGCCAGACCCCAAAGUGCCCUCCAAAAUGCCCCCCUAAGUGCCCUCCCAAGUGUCCCCCUGUGUCUUGCUGUAGCCUGGGUUCUGGGGGCUGCUGUGGCUCCAGCUCUGGAGGUUGCUGCAGCUCUGGGGGCUGCUGCAGCUCUGGUGGCUGCUGCAGUUCUGGAGGUGGAGGCUGCUGUCUGAGCCACCACAGACACCACAGAUCUCUCCGUCGUCAUCGUCACAGCUCUGGAUGCUGUAGCAGUGGUGGCAGCAGUGGCUGCUGUGGCAGCAGUGGUGGCAGCAGUGGCUGCUGUGGCAGCAGUGGUGGCAGCAGUGGCUGCUGUGGCAGUAGUCAGCAGUCUGGUGACUGCUGCUGACCUGGGUGAGGAAGACUUCAGACAAAUGCUGCAGGAGGAGCACAUGCUCAGGAGAUUCUCCAUUGCUCGAUGCUCUCUCCUCCGGCUUCCCUCCUUGUUCUGCCCUCUGAGUUGCUGAAAUAUCCUGGGAAAUGUUCUCUAUUCUCCUCAGGAGAUAACAAUGCCCAUUUGCCUCUUUGCUAUAAAUUAAAAAAAAAACUUUUGCAACC